AUGGAUCGAAAGACUCGAAGAGCGAACUUUAAGAACUUGCAGCAAGAAUCUAAUAAGCUUCGCUCGACGCGUAGCAGCAAGGCAGCCUCUAAUACAUCUACACUAUCCUCCUACUUUGCUACGCCCCCCGAGAGAGUCGAUACUGCGGAUGACACAGAAGAUCGGUUUCAAGAUGCUAUACUACCAGUACCAUCCGCUGCUGUGGCGGCUUCUCCGGAACGCAGAAUCAGGCCAAUACGUAAUAGCAAUGUCUUUGAACCACCCGGUCCAAAGCCCAAGAAGGCGCCUAAGCUAAAGGGCAGCAGCUCAAGUGCCCCACGUCGGGGACGCGGUCGCAGCAAGCAGCAGCCCAGCAUAAGUAAUUUCCUGCGGAAUGAGCAAAUCUUCGCCGAGGUAGCUGCCCAGCACUGCAUGGCGGAUAACUUUAGUCCAGAUGAUAUUGAAAUGGCGCUGGCGCUAUCCAAAUCGGAGGCUGAGAAACAUGGACACCUUCGCUUGAAUGACGAUGAUGACGUCCCUGUCGAUGUGGUUGAAGACAAUGCUGGAUCAGCGACGGAGAAUAUUCGACGUAAGCUACAAAAAUAUGGCUUUCGGACAGCCGCUAAAGAAGACUACAAGAGCUUGGCAGUACUGCCCGGCGUAUCCGGCAGGGGCAGUCGUCGCUGCAAAUGGACCAACAAGUUCACUCCCCUCACUCUGCGUAACCCCGAGGUUCAGCAAAAGAAGCUGGAGAGCAAGGUGUCCACUCUUUUGGCUCAGCAAGUGCGAACCAAAAAGCUAAGUGCUGAGGAGAGCUCAAUGCCGCCUUAUAAGCUGAUUAGUUCUAUCCUCCGAGAAUUGAAACCCGACAGCAAAUCUGCAAUCGUCCAUGAGCCCAGUGAAGGUCCUGUUACCGACAUAGAAAUCUACUUUGUGUCCGGCUUGAUUGAAGUAUGUCAUACGCCUGCCCAUCAUUUACUUAAGGAUUGGGGUGCCAUACAGGGCCGGGACUUGUCCCCAGAGCGGACCAGCAUGAAAACACGUCAACAGAUAAAGCAAAUGGAAAUCGCCUUCAACGAGCUGGAAAAUCAUUUCGAAAACCAGCAGGCACUAAAGAAACAAGUGGAUGAAGAACUAGAUGAACUGGAGAAGCUGGUGGUGGAGAACAUGAUCGAAGAAGAAGACACCAAACAGUGUGACAUUCAAGCGGAAGUCUCCUCCACUAGUAGCAGCCCCUUGAAGGAGCCGCCAGAUAAGCGUCCCAGGAUGGCUAAAAAUGGCACAGAAGACCUCAAGCCCACUACCUCGUCUAACAUAAGUGUUCCUACACAAUUAACGCGCUGUACGUCACCCGAUCUGUUUGCCGACUCUGAUGAUGAGCCAGCGACGUCUCCCAAACUGAAGGAAGUUCCGAAUUUUAGCUUGAAGGUUUAUAAGAAUAUAACCAUAAGUGAAAGUGAGAGUCCAGUAAACGAAAUAGAGAGUACACCCAUCAAUCAACCAACGGCUUCUUCAGAAGUCUACUCUAUAUCUAGUGAUGAAGUAAAGACUGGAACCGACUCUACGCAGGAGCAGAUGGGUACCAAUGAAAUCUUUAUUGAUCUGACACAAGAACAUUCCAAGCCAGAAUUCGAUGACCCAAAAGCAUAUCUAUGCACGGAUAUCUUCAGCAUCAGUCAAGCAUUUGAAUCUAGUCUCCAUGUAGACAAGUUCAACUGCAGUCUGGCUAUGGAUUCAAGUUCCCAGAGUGAAAGUCGUGCCAUUUCAAAAGAGGAUAAACUGGCAUUAAGUGCCACAGACAAGGAAUCGGAGAAUUCAUCUUUCCAUAUGGAUGCAUUUACAACUCCAAAUGAUAGCAAUCCCAGUGGCAGCUUUAGUGAUCUGAAUAUUUCGAGAAACUCAUUUCGAAGGAGUGUCAGCUUGUCAACAGAUCACAGCUUCAAAAGUCCACUAAACUGGAAGAUGGACUCGUCUUCUGAGAAGCCUGCAUUGUCUGCUCCUUCUCCCUUCAGAAUGCAGUCGGAUGCAAGCAUCGAUCUGACCCAAAACAGCGACGACGACAAUGAUGUGAUCAUGCUUUCCGAUGAGGAAAUCAAUUACUCGAUUUGGAAGGCCAACAAAACGGCAAAAGGGAAAGACUGGGAAAAUGAGAGCUCAGACAGUAGUGGGUUUUCACCCGUUGCGAAAAAACGAGCUGUUCCUUACUUUAAGACUGAAGAAGACUUGGAUGCCUUCCUAAUGACUUCGCCUACAAACUCAAACAAGUCGCAAAACUCUCGCUCGCCCAAUAAGAGCGCUCUCAGCAGGGAACGAGCUGAGUUUGGGAUCCUUGAUGCCGCUCUCUCUGAGCCCUUUACACUCUCCCAGAUGUUGAGCCCCGCCAAAGGAGAAUCGCAGUGCGAUAUUAACUGGUCAGAUGCAUCUUUCUUAGAAGCUCCCAUGAGGACUUUGUCGCGCAAGAGCAGCCAUAAAUUUAAUGAUUUGCUUGCCAAAGUCACGGAGCCCAAAGAUUUGCUGGAUGAUGAAUUCGAUGAGUUUGAUCAGUUGGUUUUUCCAAACUGCAAGGAAUCAACUAUUGAGGCGACCACAGAUGCGAUGCCAAGCGGUCUGGAUCGAUUGUUAAUGGGUGAAAUUAGAAUGACGACGUUGCCGGAACAUACUACGCCCAAAAAAGUAUCAUCAACUGUGCCUGAUUUGCCUGAUCAGUUGGAAGUCAAUGGAAAUGUGUAUACCGUUCGUGUUUGUCAUACUCCGAAGCCCGAUUUCACACAACUGGCAGAGUCAGAGAUCCUCCAACAGUUGUAUAACUAUGGAAUCAAGCCGCUGAAGCGAAAGCAGGCCGUGAAGAUGCUUGAGUUCAUUUACAACCAAACUCAUCCCAUUAUGCAGCCCGUGGAGCCAAGGGAGUUAUCUCAAAGACAGGAGGACCCUAUGCCUCGGUCCAAAUCCACUCCCGUGAUGUCCGAGAAACCUCGCUCUCGACCCAUAGUUUCAGACAACAAUGACGUCUGUCUGACACCCACUGAGCCUAUACAGGGUUUCAAAUUCAACACUAAUGCCCCUGGAAAGGAUCUGCUACGCUUCUCUCAAUCUGUGCCGCCAAGCCUAAGCGACGAUUUUGAGUUCUAUGUCCUACAAACGAAUGUAACAAAGAAGACACCACAGCCAAUUGUGCCGCUCCACAUAGCCUGGCACAAUCUUCUGUGUGCCAAUCCCAAACUUCAUGAAAGUGUACUCAUGUACGAACCCAUUGAUCUACAGGAAGUCUACUUGCAUUUGAAGCAAAUGGGUCAUCGGUAUGAGCCCAAGGACUUGAAGUGCUUCUUUGAUCGUCGCUGCAUCAUAUUUCGAUAUGAGUUGGCUGCUCCCGCCAAGCAAGCGGAGCGACAUGUAAGAAAGAAACCAAGAAAGCCGACCAAAAGGUCUUAGAUUCUAGCUCCGCCCUUUACAUCAUUAUUCCGACACAAUUUAUUUGAUUCCAUAGUACUUAUUCCUUACACCACCUCAAAAUACCAUAAUAACAUAUAUUGACACUUUGUUAUUGGGCGCUAUGCCGUUUAAAUUAUGUUCAGUAAAAUUUAUAUAUUCCAACUGUUAUUGCACCCAUCGGUCGGCAUUAGUUUGUUGCAAUACGCCGAUCGAGUCAUGAAUA